CAGGGAGGGCGGAAGUGACGUCGGGCCUCAGCGCCCGGGCCAUGGCUGCGGCGGCGGCGGCGGCGGCGAGGGCUGCGGCCUGAGCGGCGGCCGCGGAGCGAGCGGACCGGGGCGGCGGAGCCCGGGGGUCCCCGGGGAGAGGCGCGCGGCGGGGCAGCGCGACGGCUGGAGCCGGACUUCUCUCCGCCGAGCCCCGCUUGGAGGGGGUCUGCGCCCCGUCACCAUGACGACGCCGGCGAAUGCCCAGAAUGCCAGCAAAACGUGGGAACUGAGUCUCUAUGAGCUGCACCGGACCCCGCAGGAGGCCAUCAUGGAUGGCACGGAGAUCGCGGUGUCGCCUCGGUCGCUGCAUUCGGAGCUCAUGUGUCCUAUCUGCCUGGACAUGCUGAAGAACACCAUGACCACCAAGGAGUGCCUGCACAGGUUCUGCUCCGACUGCAUCGUCACUGCCCUGCGCAGCGGGAACAAGGAGUGCCCCACCUGCCGGAAGAAGCUGGUGUCCAAGCGGUCGCUACGGCCGGACCCCAACUUCGACGCCCUGAUCUCCAAGAUCUACCCCAGCCGGGAGGAGUACGAGGCCCACCAGGACCGCGUGCUCAUCCGCCUCAGCCGCCUGCACAACCAGCAGGCGCUGAGCUCCAGCAUCGAGGAGGGCCUUCGGAUGCAGGCCUUGCACAGGGCCCAGCGUGUGAGGCGGCCGAUGCAGGGAUCCGAUCAGACGGCGACGAUGAGUGGGGGGGAAGGAGAACCUGGGGAGGCCGAAGGGGAUGGGGAGGACGUAAGCUCUGACUCCGCCCCCGACUCGGCCCCAGGCCCUGCUCCCAAGAGACCCCGUGGCGGGGGUGCGGGGGGCAGCAGUGUGGGGACAGGGGUGGGUGCUGCUGGCGGGGUUUGCGGGGGAGCUGGUUCUGAAGACUCUGGUGACCGGGGCGGCACGCUGGGAGGGGGAACCCUGGGCCCCCCGAGCCCCCCGGGGGCUCCCAGCCCUCCAGAGCCAGGUGGAGAGAUCGAGCUUGUGUUCCGGCCCCACCCCCUGCUUGUGGAGAAAGGAGAGUACUGCCAGACGAGGUACGUGAAGACCACUGGGAAUGCCACAGUGGACCACCUCUCCAAGUACUUGGCGCUGCGCAUCGCGCUGGAGCGGAGGCAGCAGCAGGAGACCACAGAGCCUGGAGGGCCCGGUGGGGGCGCCUCGGACACAGGCGGACCUGAUGGGGGUGGCGGGGAGAGUGGGGUUGCUGGAGGAGGCGAAGGUCCUGAGGAGUCCGCGCUGCCCAGCCUGGAAGGCGUCAGCGAGAAGCAGUACACCAUCUACAUAGCGCCCGGGGGCGGAGCUUUCACGACGCUGAAUGGCUCCCUGACCUUGGAGCUUGUGAAUGAGAAGUUCUGGAAGGUGUCCAGGCCGCUAGAGCUCUGCUACGCCCCCACUAAGGACCCAAAAUGACUUCCCAAGGGCACAGUCAGAGGAUGUGGAUCACCGGGUGCCUCUGCGUCCCGGCUCACCCUGCCUGCCAGCUUCGUCUCCAAUGCCCUCCAGCCAGACAGCCAGAGGACACAAACAAGGACAAACGGCUUUUAUACAAAGCGUCUAUAUUGGGUUAUUGUAUAUUGUACAGCACAGCACCUGUGCCCACCACUGCUUUUUCUAUCGACCCUAACUGCCCACCCUGCAGGAGUUGGGGAAGGCGAGCAAGGCCCCUCCCCAUUCUGUUACCGACAACAGAUUUGCUCAUUUCUUCUUUGAA